UCCAUCUGGUCUACCUGGCUUAUCUGGAGAAAACUCUCUUUGCUUCACUUCAACGGCCCACCAUGACAGGCCUUCGAAACUUCCGAACAUUAGCGGCAGGUUGUUGACGUUAAAUGCCGGUCGAAGAUACUGGCCUAACUACAGCGCCGUCGUAUCAGAUAGAACAUCGACGCGACGUAUUGAUAUGCUCAAAUGUAACAUUGAUCUUAUGCUUCACUUUCAUCCCUCAUUGGAAUAUCUAGAACAACUCUUACUUUGUUAUUGUCUCCCCACCGAUGCUUGUUGAGAAAGUUUUGGAAUGUCUCACGAAGUGUCUAUUGUACACUUCGGUGUUAAAAGAAUACAUGAGAGUAUUCGUUGAUCAACUCCAAUAUUCCAUCUAUGAGCUCUAGCUGGUCCAUGAGUCAGUGAACAGAAGUGAUGCUAUUCCUGGCUGUGUAUUUCUGCGGGCAUUCGGCGUGUAUAUAAGAACCGAAGUUCGUCACUUGGAAAAUACAUAUCCAGUUCCUUCCGAGCAACCAUUUCUGGCAUAUCUUAACCUUUUUGUUGUUCUAUUUUAUACUUGAAACUUCUCACGAAGUAUAUUCAUUACCAUGUUUUUCAUCAUCUUUAUUACAGUUUCACUAACAUGGACACAAGUCGCCAACCUGUGCAUCCACAGAACAUCGAAGUUGGGUGUAUAUUGUUUCCUCCAAGAACAGGCCACAUUGAAAAUUUGAAAUGCAUGUGGGUGGAUGUCUGUGGCCAUCUGUGUUACGAACAUGGAGGUUGCAUUUUGAUGCCAGAGGGGCACGAUCAUCCUGUGGUGAUCAUUGGGAAGCAUUACGGGCUCGAUAAAAAAUAAUCCAGACGGACUUAUGCUAUCGUUUGUUCAGGUAAGACACUUAAGAGUAUUACCUGCUGUUCAACAUCUGCUGAUAUGAUAUUGAUUAGAUGACUCAGUUCUCCACAGUUAUCAACCUCAGGACAUACGGUUCAUUCCCCUUAUGGACAUUACGGGCGCAUCCGAGCCACUGGGCGCCUAACCUUCCCCCAAAGUCUCCGUUCACGCUACUGGUUCCGGGAGCUUGAGUUUCUCCAACGCGGUCCAGGCAAUUUUCGAAUCCCUCAUGUUUUUUAUACUGAGCAUAGUAACCUUAAGACCAUGAACAAGGGUCUUGAGGCAAAAGCUUACGAUUCACGUUUGGACGAAGGAUCAUAUUUGAGGCUUAUGCAACGAUUGAAUCUUGAGCCGAAACCCUAUGUUCCUGAUAACUACUGGGAAAAUCCUGGACCUGCAUCAUCAAGUGACGGCUCAACCGAUCAGGAGUAAACAACUUCCAACCACGAUCUUAAUAGAGCUCCUAGAGGCCAAUCAUCCAACCAACCGCGGGGCCCAUCAUAUUGCGGAUAAUAGAAACCUGAGAUACCCCAUACAAUUUGACCCAGUCGUUCCCACCCUCGAUCCUGCACCUGCUAGUAAGAAUUCCUUUCCUUCUCAGUCCUUCAGCAUGCUUAUGCUAACUUGAGCACUUGAUAGGUCGGCAUCGGGAUACGAGUAACCUAUCAUUGGCUUCAUUCGAGCCUACGAGGUAAGGAUUACGAUCAACUAUGAAGCAACAGGUUUAAUGUUAAUAUCUGACUUUUGCUAGUGAACAUGACGAGCACCUGGACGAAUCUUAAGAUGAAAUUGCGAUGAGAUAGAUGGAUUAAGUUCAUACUAGGAUUGUAUGUUGCCAUGAUAUUGGCGGAAGGUACCGUUACUCUAGACUGCGUUGCUUCUUGUUUUUUCUUUCUUUUUUGGUUGAACAUUUUC